AUGGGGGAGCCUCUGGGCUGCUGCGAGCGCGUGGCCAUCAACGUGGCCGGCCGGCGCUUCGAGACCCUCGGCCGGACCCUCCUGCGCUUCCCCGACACCCUCCUGGGGGACCCCCGGCGCCGGCGCCGCUACUUCGACCCCCAGCGCCGCGAGUUCUUCUUCGACCGGCACCGCGGGGCCUUCGGCGCCGUCCUCUACUAUUACCAGUCCGGGGGGAGGCUGCGCAGACCCCCCGACGUGCCGCUGGACGUGUUCCUGGAGGAGCUGCGCUUCUACCAGCUGGGCGACGAGGCGGAGGAGCGGCUGCGCGAGGCCGAAGGCUUCGCGGUGGAGGCGCCGCCGGCGCUGCCGCGGGGGGGGUUGAGGCGCCGGGCCUGGCUGCUGUGCGAGCACCCCGAGAGCUCGCCGGCGGCGCGCGCCGUGGCCCUGCUCUCCGUGCUCGUCAUCCUCGUCUCCAUCGUCGUCUUCUGCCUCGAGACGCUGCCGCAGUUCCGGCCCGGCGGUGACGGUGACGAUGGUGGUGACGCGCAGGUGAGGCCCCGGGGGGGGUUGGAGGUGUCGUGGUUGUUGUUGUCAGGGUUGGUGUUGUCAGCAGGGUGUGGGCUUGUUGUCACCAUCCUCAGUGUCCCCAUUGUCACCGUCAUCAUCCUCACCAUCCUCAGUGUCCCUGUUGUCACCAUCCUCAUCCUCACCAUCCUCAGUGUCCCUGUUGUCACCAUCAUUGUCCUCAUCAUCUCCAGUGUCCCCAUUGUCACCAUCCUCACCCUCACCACUCUCAGUGUCCCUGUUGUCACCAUCCUCGUCCUCAUCACCCUCAGUGUCCUCACCAUCCUCGUCCUCGCU